AUCAGCACCGAACACUUACUUCUUAAAACAACAAGCAAGACCCCGGCCCCCACGCUCCGAGAGAGGUCUCAGCCCCAGCUCCCAGACGCCCUCAGACCCGUGGCGUCAGCUUCCUGCUCUCCCUGUGGUCAAGGCCCCGGCCUCCUGGACGCUGCGCCGAUGGCCAGCCUGUGGUCUCCCCACAGAACUCAGGACACAGGAGAUGGUGUCCACUGGGAUAGGCAGCAAGCCAUCCAUGGACGUCAAGCCCAGCAACGCGGCCAUAAGCGACCGGGCCAUCAGUUACACCGGGAAGGGAACAGAGGCACGGACCCGAGCGUCCACAGCUGUGCCCUCCUGUGACCACACCGCCCCCCUCAAGAGACUGCACUCCACCCUCUCAGACAGCAGCACGUCCUCCUCCAGCAGCCGGUCCUCCUCUGCCCGGGGGCCGCUGCCCCCCGCCCGCGCCCACAAGUCCCGCCCGCUACCCCUGUCCGUGCGGCGUGCACACCUGCACGGAGCAGGAGACCGGGAAUUCCGAGUCUUCCCACCGCCCGUCAGGGGACAGCGGCCCCAGCCUCGCAGGCCGUCCCUGCCGCUCGCGGAGCUGUCGUCUGACGAGGACUGUCAGGGUGUCUCGGGAGGGCUCACGGCAGCAGCCUGACGGGGACCAGUUCAUCACGGCCCUGAGCGCCAGCAGGACAAGCCGGCCACCACCAGACGCCUCCACAGCCAAAGCCAUACAGGCACCCAGGACGAAAAUAGCCGUCAGAUGACCAGAGGGCUGGCUCACCGCAGUCCAAGGCAAGCUGCUCACAGCAGCUGCAACUAAAAAUAGGUGAGAAGGGGACGCGUCUUCGGGAGAAGCACAGGGGAGAGCGCUGUCCUGGCUCCAGCCGCUGCAGGUGGGCAUGAUGCAGUCACUACGCUUCAUUUCUGCUGAGGCCUUGGCGUCCCACCCCCAGGCGGCCCGGCAGAGCCUGGACGGGGUGGCCCACAACCUCUACCCGCUGCUCUUCAAAGCCAGCUACUUGCUGGAGCAGGCGGAGGUGAUCCGCGUUCUGCUGGAGCGCUGGCCGCUAGAGGAGUUCCGGCUGGGUGCUCUGCUGGGCCCCAGCGCAGACCACCCCGGGGACCUGCGGGACCGGGCCUGCAGGGCCUGCCUGGAGGCCUGCGUGCGCGGCCUCGCGGACCACACGCUCUGGGGCGGGGGCCGGCGGCGUCUGCGGGUGGCCGACCUCACGGGCAUCCGAGACGUGCAGGUGCAGGGCUGUCCCUGUGGGAGGGCGCUGGGCAGGUGGGGCCGCACCAAGCUGCUGGCCAGGACCUGCUGUGAGCUGCAGGCGGAGCCCCGUGCGGCCUGGCGCCCCGUAGAGGUCCUCGCCGAUAUCUUCGUCACCGGGGGUAACUUCGACUUGGUGGUGCGGGCCCUGGGGCCAGAUGGUCCUGCCCCACUGCGCGUGCGCUGCCUCUCCUUCCGGGCCGACAGCCUGGGCCCCGGGCAGCUGCUGCACGUGCUGCGUCUGGCGGGGCCGGGCGAGCUGCGCCGGCUGGAGGUGGUGCACAACGUGCGUCUGCACGCCGGCCACGUGCAGCAGCUGCUGGCCCAGCUGGGCUUCCCCCGGCUGGUGUCGCUCACCCUGCCCGCCAAGGCCUUCGACGCGCCGCCUACCAGCACCCCCGCCCCUGACGGCGAGGACGCCCUGCUCACCUCCAUCGCCCGGGAGCUCAGCCGGAUGACGCAGCUCACCGAGUUGAGCGUGGCCUUCUCCACGCUGACCGGGAAGCUCCAGAAACUGCUCGGCCCCCUCCGGACUCCGCUGAGAGUGCUGGACCUGGGCAACUGCGCCCUGAACCACGCGGACAUGGCCUUCUUGGCGAACUGCACCCACGCCGCCCACCUGGAGGUGCUGGACCUCAGCGGGCACUGCCUGGUGGACCUGUUCCCCUCGACCUUCUUCCGGCUGCUGGGCCAGGCCGCCCCGACGCUGAGGGCCCUGACCCUGGAGGAGUGCGGCCUCGCGGACCGGCACGUGGGCGCGCUGAGCCUGGCCCUGGGCCCCUGCCGCCGGCUGCAGGAGCUCCGCUUCCUGGGGAACCCAAUGUCGGCCCGCGCGCUCCGGCGCCUUUUCGUGGCGCUCUGUGGGCUCCCCCGGCUGCAGAGCGUGGAGUUCCCGGUGCCCAGGGACUGCUACCCCGAGGGCAGCGCCUACCCACAGGACGAGCUGGCCAUGUCCAAAUUCGACCAGCAGAAAUACAGCGCGAUCGCAGAUGACCUGCGCGCGCUGCUGCUGCGGGCCGGCCGCGACGACAUCCGGGUCUCCACGCCCCUCUUCGGAAGCUUCGACCCGGACAUUCAAGAAACGAGCAAUGAACUCGGAACGCUCUUGCUGCAAGCCUUCAAAACUGCUCUGGAAAACUUCUCCAGAGCGCUGAAGCAAAUGGAGUAGGCCCUGGACUGUACGAGGCGGGUCCCGGCGGCGGCGCUGGGACGGAGCCUCCGCCCCCGCCACCACCGACGCAUCUCCUAGUGGCAGCUGCACGCGCAUCCCUCAGGCGCUCCGGGAGCGACGGCCCUGCCUCCCAGGAGCUGUGACGGAGCACAGCGCCCAGCACGGCGGUGGCGCCAGAGAAGCAGCCCGCGGCGAGCAGCCGUCCUGGUCACGGCGCCUCGGCAGCCGCGUGAAGUGCGGGCCGCAGGGGGCGGGGCGGCUGGACGACCGGCCGGCGUGAGCGGGGGAGGAAGUGAGAGGACACCUCCCGGGGCACAGCGAUGAAAGCGAGCAGCUGAGGAGAGAGUAAAACCGAGGGCAAGCCGCAUCCCUUUGCCGCAGCGGCUGGGUCCGGGGGGGCAGGGAGCCGGCCCGGCGCCCUCCCGUCGCGGGUGUGCGGCGCUGCCCUGUCUGGAUGUUUACAAACUCCCGUCCAGCGAGGACAUGGGCUUUGGUAGUUGACGGCUCUGCCCCUGCCCUCGGGCCACUGGGCGGCAGGCGUGCGCUCUGCCGGUGCCAGGCUGAGCCCCGGGCUCCGGCGGCCUCUGGCUCUGAGGGCACGACCGCGGUGCCCCGCCCGCCGCCGCCCCCACUCCCACCUCCACCGACUCUAGGCCCGGCGGGCGGGGGCUGCUGCUGCGGGGAGGGCGGGAAGGCUCCUCCGGGAAGCUGUCUGAGUCCUGGUGCUUGAGGAGUGGUUAAUGCCAACGUCUGGACUUGGUUUCUGCUGAGAUCUGAUUUGUGCAGUGCUGAGUAUUAGGGUAAUUAAAUACGAAUAAA